UAUCUCAAUUUCCACUUUUUACUUAGAACAAAGAUUAUUAGCCCUCGAUGUUUCUGGAAGCUCAUUUCUUUUCUUUCUCACUGACUUGGACGACAACACGUAGUACGAUGCCUGAGCAGCGCAGCGAGCGGGGCAACGAAAAGCCAAUUGCUUUGAGGAGAAACAGAGUUGCGUAAGUGAAAGGACGCCGUUGGUGGAGGGACACAGAGGGAAGAGAACAAGUUAGGGGUUUGAGAGAAGAGAUGGAUGAAUUCGAGAGUGGUGGUCAAGCACCUUUGCCUGACGAUGAAGGAGGAAACACCCCUCCUCUUCCUGAAAAGGUGCAAGUUGGUGGUUCCCCAAUGUACAAACUAGAUAGAAAACUAGGCAAAGGAGGUUUUGGUCAAGUUUAUGUUGGUACAAAGAUGGGCUCGGCCACUGUUAACUCUAGAUUUGGCCCCGGUGCUAUGGAGGUGGCUUUGAAGUUUGAGCAUACAAGCAGCAAAGGAUGUAACCAUGGGCCACCGUAUGAGUGGCAAGUUUACAAUGCACUUGGUGGCAGUCAUGGUGUGCCCCGAGUUCAUUUUAAAGGUCGGCAAGGUGAUUUUUACGUGAUGGUUAUGGAUAUUCUAGGGCCUAGCUUAUGGGAUGUUCGGAAUAGUACCUCUCAAGCGAUGUCAACAGAGAUGGUUGCAUGCAUUGCCAUUGAGGCAAUAUCCAUUUUAGAAAAGAUGCAUUCUAAGGGAUAUGUGCAUGGUGAUGUAAAACCAGAGAAUUUUCUGCUUGGGCCUCCUGGAACUCCUGAAGAGAAAAAACUUUUCCUCGUAGACCUCGGCUUAGCAAUCAAAUGGCGUGAUAAUGCCAGUGGACAACAUGUUGAAUAUGACCAGCGUCCUGAUGUUUUUAGAGGAACAGUACGUUAUGCUAGCGUACAUGCUCACCUUGGGAGAACUUGUAGUCGGAGGGAUGACCUGGAAUCUCUUGCUUACACUCUUGUUUUCCUUCUUCGAGGCCGGCUUCCAUGGCAAGGUUACCAGGGAGAGAACAAAGGCUUCCUUGUUUGCAAAAAGAAGAUGGCUACUUCCCCAGAAACUCUUUGUUGCUUCUGCCCCCAACCUUUUCGUCAGUUUGUUGAGUAUGUGGUCAAUUUGAAGUUUGACGAGGAGCCUGACUACGCUAAGCAUAUUUCCCUUUUCGAUGGAGUAGUCGGCCCAAACCCAGAUAUUAGGCCAAUAAAUACUGAUGGUGCUCAGAAGCUCAUUCAUCAAGUGGGUCAAAAGAGAGGGAGGUUGACAAUGGAUGAGGAGGAGGACGAACAACCAACAAAGAAGGUCAGGUUGGGAAUGCCAGCUACACAAUGGAUCAGCAUUUACAGUGCUCACAGACCAAUGAAGCAAAGAUAUCAUUAUAACGUUGCUGAUAUAAGGCUUCCACAGCACAUUGAGAAAGGAAACGACGAUGGGCUAUUAAUUAGCAGUGUGGCUUCUUGCUCGAAUCUCUGGGCUGUAAUCAUGGAUGCAGGAACUGGCUGUACGGCUCAAGUCUAUCAGCUUUCACCGAGCUUUCUCCACAAGGAAUGGAUUAUGGAACAAUGGGAAAAGAAUUAUUAUAUUACGGCAGUAGCAGGAGCAGACAAUGGGAGCUCAUUUGUGGUUAUGUCCAAGGGGACCCCGUAUUUACAGCAGUCCUACAAAGUCAGCGAUUCAUUUCCCUUCAAGUGGAUAAACAAAAAGUGGAGGGAAGGAUUUUACGUUACAUCAACGGCAACUGCUGGAAGCAAAUGGGGGAUUGUAAUGUCCCGUGGAGCUGCUUUUUCAGACCAGGUAGUAGAACUAGAUUUUCUAUACCCUAGUGAAGGUAUACAUCGUCGAUGGGAUAAUGGCUACCGAAUUACAUCAAUUGCUGCAACUUGGGAUCAGGCUGCCUUUGUUCUCAGUGUGCCUAGGAGGAAGCCUACCGACGAGACACAGGAGACUCUUAGAACCUCUGCUUUUCCUAGUAAUCAUGUCAAGGAAAAGUGGAGCAAGAAUCUUUACAUUUCAUCUAUUUGUUAUGGUCGAACUGUUUCAUGAAGUUGUAGUUUCUGUUAGGAAUGAAACUCAGUUUAGCUUUGUCAUAUAUCCGCUCAGUGUGAAAGAACAACCGUUGUGAUCAGUGAUGCUAUAUGGGGCUUAGGGGAAUAUUUUAGCAAAGGAUGAAUCACAUAUGUAUUCAUUACUGAUGUUAUGUAUUGUAUCGACUGUUUUUCAACUUGGACGACUUGUUUGAAGAAAAGCUGGUUAAAACUUAUUAAAUAGAAAAGAGUAGCUUAGUCUUAUAUUAUCAUCAAGUAAUGUUUUUAUCUUGCUAGAAGGAAAAGAGUCAUAGUUUGGUUGUAUGGGGCAGUAAUGGAGAGAGAUAGGACUCUUCGAAUUAAACAAGAGAUGGCUGUUUAUAGUAUUUUACUAUUCCCUGCCUUCGAAGCUUUGUAUUGUGAUUUUGUUGUCUUGUUUUAAGUUAAUCAUGUAGGAAUCAAGGAAUACAAAGAUGAAGGGUUUUUUGGAACUUUUGAUUAUGAGGAAUCCAGCAGACAGUAGUAGUAGCUGGUCUUGUGGCAUUUGUGUUCUCAAGAACUUGAUCGUCAUCCUUAGCUUCUUUACUGCUUAGAAUGGAGUAUACCCCAGAAACGUAAUGGUUUAUGGUAAGCUUAAAAAUUACUGCUUGUAUCCAAGAUAUGUGGACAAUCUUUUUGGCCGUACUAUAUUGUCAAAAGAAUGAAGAUGAAAGAUAAAUAUUAAAAGACAAUCUGAAUGGUAAUA